ACAGUGCCGCACUUUCCAACCUCCACUCUCCAGGUUAAUCACACUCCUCACGCUCCCACCAGAGGCUCACCACUCUUUGCGGGCGGCGGAUUCCAUCACAGUCGCGCCCCCAUCCAGCCCACAACGCUCUCGUGCAUUUUGUUCUGCGUCGCUCCUUUCCCAGUGCCGUCGUGGUCUCCAUCCAGCGUCUUCGUCGUCUCUCCGGUUUCGGCCCCGUCGUCUUUGUCGUCUCACCGUCCAGCAUCUCUCCGUCUCUCUUUGAUUUCUUCUGCCAGAAGCUCUGUUGGCUGCUGCUGCUACUGGUUGCGUCGCUGGCGGUCCUGCUUGAUUUUCUUGUCGCUAUAGUUUGCUCAUGCUUUAGUGGUACUAGGAAGGGGAAUGAUAAAGACUUUGUCACUUCCCUGCCAAGUACUUAGAUUCUCUUCCAAAAGGUUCGAAAAUCAUAAGUGCUUUAAUUGUAAAGAAACAAUGAUGGAACUCAGUAUUACACAACCUGACGAUUGGCAUCUUCACCUCCGUGAUGGUGACCUACUUGAAGGUGUCAUCCCUCACAGUGCCAAGCAUUUCGGAAGGGCAAUAGUGAUGCCCAAUUUGAAACCACCCAUCACUACUACUGCAGCUGCUUUGGCUUAUAGGGAGUCCAUUCUGAAAGCAUUGCCUAAAGAUAGCAGCUUCACUCCUUUGAUGACCCUUUACUUAACAGAUAUGACAAGCCCUGAUGAGAUUAAACGUGCAAAAAAGAGUGGAGCUGUUUAUGGUGUGAAGUUGUAUCCUGCUGGUGCUACCACAAAUUCUCAAGAUGGUGUUACAGAUCUUUUUGGAAAAUGCUUUCCUGUUCUUGAGGAAAUGGUUGAGCAAGAUUUACCAUUACUGGUUCAUGGAGAAGUUACAAGUCCAAAUGUUGAUAUUUUUGACCGGGAAAAGGUUUAUAUUGAAACAAUUUUAGAGCCUUUGGUUCAAAAGCUUCCACAACUUAAGAUUGUAAUGGAGCAUAUUACUACCAUGGAUGCUGUCAAGUUUGUUAUGUCUUGCAAAGAGGGUUCUGUAGGUGCAACUGUUACACCUCAGCAUCUUAUCCUUAAUCGCAAUGCUUUGUUCCAAGGUGGUUUGCAGCCUCACAAUUACUGUCUUCCAGUUCUCAAAAGAGAGAUCCAUAGACAGGCUAUUGUUUCGGCUGUCACUAGCGGAAGUAAGAGAUUUUUUCUCGGAACUGAUAGUGCUCCACAUGAAAAGCGUAAAAAGGAAUGCGCUUGUGGAUGUGCUGGCAUAUUCAAUGCUCCUGUUGCUCUAUCAGUCUAUGCCAAAGUCUUUGAGGAGGCUGGUGCACUGAAUAAGUUGGAGGCCUUUACAAGCUUUAAUGGGUCUGACUUCUAUGGCUUACCCAGAAACAAGUCAAAGCUUACUCUAAAGAAGGCUCCAUGGAAAGUACCUGAACUGUUAUCUUUUCCGUUCGGAGACAUCGUUCCCAUGUUUGCAGGCAAAACCCUUGAAUGGGAGGUAUCCCUUAAUUGACUAGCAUUCUUCCUUUUUGACCAAAAUCACAAGUAUAUUUUUUCCAGAGAAAAUCCUUAACGAGCCGGGAACAAUUGACACUUUAAGUGGAAAGUGUACAUUAUUUUGGCAUAAUAAAAUAAAUUGCUAACUUUUAAGAAAUAUAUUCAUGAUUCAUGCACUGUUUAGACCAAGGGGUUUGUCUGCACUGCAAGGUGACUGUUCUUACAAGACUACAAGUUACAUAAUUGGUUCUCUUUAUUCGUUUUUUGCACCCUUAAGUUUUGCUCUUAAUGUGCAAAUGCUCGUCUUGCUAUCAUUAACUCUUGAAUUAGAUGAUAUGUUCCAAUGGCAUCUUACAUAAUAACUAUAACAUAUUAUAUUCAACAGCCCUUUUA